GCCGGGAGUGAGAAGGAAGGAGGUGCCUGCCGCCCUCCAGCGGCUUCGGCCCACGCGCGACUUCCAGAGCCCAAGGAGCGAGCCCGGAUUGAAGAUCCGCGCAUUGUUCUCAGCCGUCACCUUGGACUUUUCUCCGUCUCGGGAGAAAAACAAAGCAGCCACAUCGAUUUUCACGUGGAAUUACUGAUUUGCUGUGUCUGCAGCUAGGCGACCUCGUGCACUCCUUGGGACCUUUACUGCACGGUCAGGGGACGUCGUUGCACUAAGAAAGUGAGGCGUGCGAAGUGAUCGGCGUAUAAAGAGAACUUUUCCACGCCUCCGCCUGGUUUCGUACACAAGGGCUGACAGCAUCGGAGGGUGGGCCGUGAGAAGUAAGCGCUACGCCGGACAGCUCCCAGGACGAACGUGAAAAUGCCGUCGGUGGCUUCUCCCCGGAUUUGGCUGCUGCCGCUGGUGUGCUUUCUUUGCUCGCCCUGCGGCUGCGGAGCUCAAGCGGCCUCCCCCUUUCCUCUCCCAGAAGCACUUUACACUUUCCGUCUGCUUCAGACUGCAGUGUUUCCCAAUAAUAAAUCAGCUGACAUCCAGGGCCUCGCCAUGCUGGGAGAUGUGGAGACACAUUCGCUGGACUCGCACACAGGGAAGAUCAAGUUCCUCCAGCCUUGGUCCCAAAGUGUCUUCCCGGCCUUCUUCUGGGCCAUUAUGGAGUCUGUCUUCAGAACCUACUUUGCGGGUUUUCAACAAACAGUCAUCAACAUCACUCAUACUUUAAACGGGAGCUAUCCUAUCGUUGUCCAGUCCUUGCUUUUCUGCGAAACUGAUUCCAUUGGGUUGACAAGGGCUUUCUAUGAUGCUGCCCUAAAUGGAGAAGCUGUGGUUACCUACCAAGCCGAUAAGAGCAUGUGGUUCGCCCUAAAGAAAGAUAAGACAGGUCUUUAUAUUCAGGAUUUCCUCAACCAAGACAAUGGCACAACCACUACACUUCAUAACCUGCUGACGACGAAGUGCAUUGAGGCUCUCCACAACUUUCUUCAGGCAGGCAAGGCAACAGUGGACAGACAAGUGCCGCCGGACGGUAUGGUUUUUACUGAGAAGUCUUCAGUCCCUGACUCACAGUUGCUGGUCUGCCGAGUCACUGGCUUCCACCCACGGCAGAUCAAUGUAUCCUGGCUGCAGGAUGGGACAGAGGUUUCAGCCGAGUCUACUGGCAUCUUACCUAACCAUGAUGUCACGUACCAGAUCCGGCGUUCUCUGAUUAUUAAGUCAAGGGACACUCACAAUUAUGCUUGUAAAAUACAACACAGCGCCCUGGGAAAGAGCGCUAUUAUCAUCCCCUGGGGCGAAAAAAGCUCAAACAAAGCUGUACCUGCAGUAAUAGGGAUCCUUGUUUGUGUGGCACUAAUUAUCAUGGUUGUGUUAAUUUUCCGAUGGAAGAAACGUCGAGAAUAUCAGGGCAUAGCCGAAAGAGACCCACCAUAUUGACAAGCUGGAAGUAAACCCGCAUAGCAACAGAUUAAAGGCUGAAGGUGAACGCAAUCUGAAGUAUUUUGAUUCUACUGCAUACCUUUCCAUAAUUUUCCUGCAAAGUGAAUUGUAUUCCACAGAAGCUUACGCUAGUUUAGAUCUGUUGCUCUUUAAGGGUAAUUGCGUGCCCGUCCGUUCCUCUCUUUAUGACUAACAUGAUUGCCACUUUAGAAUCUGAGAAAUUUUGCAGGAAUUUAUAUACUUGGGACAAUAUUUUGAUUCACCGUUGUUGAAAACUGUGAUACUCUCAUCAGUUAUAAAUAAAUCUGUUUAAAAUA